UUGAAGAAUCCUGAUUAUGAUAGAGUUGAUUGGUUGAAUAAAUUCAUUUUUGAUAUGUGGCCUUGCUUAAAUAAGGCAAUAUGCAAUAGAAUAAGAAGCUCAACGAGGACAACAUUUGACCAAUACAUUGGAAAGUACUUCAUUGAGUCCCUUGAAUUUGACAAUCUUACUCUUGGAAGUUUUCCACCAACAAUUCAUGGUGUUAAAGUUGUAGAAACUCAAGAGAAUGAACUACUUAUUGAGCCUAGACUUCGAUGGGCUGGUAAUUGCAAUGUCAACGUGGCUCUAAAACUGUUUUCCCUUAAAUUCAAUGCACAGUUGUUGGAUUUACAAAUAUUCUUGGCACCUCGUAUUACUCUAAAGCCACUUGUUCCAAGUUUCCCAUGUUUUUCAAGCAUAAGUGUUUCUUUGGUGGAAAAGCCUUAUCUUGACUUUGGACUCAAACUACUUGGGGCAGACAUCAUGGCCAUUCCUGUAUUAUAUCGCUUUGUUCAGGACAAAAUUGCUUCCGAAAUUUCAAAACUCUACCAUUGGCCUAAAGAUUUGGAGAUAAAAAUUCUGGAUAAUGCUAGCGGUGCCACGAAGAAACCUGUUGGAAUACUACAUGUGAAGGUCGUGCGUGCGCUAAACCUCUUGAAAAUGGAUAUCCUCGGUAAAUCUGAUCCUUACGUGAAACUAAGUUUGAGUGGUGAAAGACUGCCAUCCAAGAAAACUUCGGUGAAGAUGAGCAAUCUUAACCCUGAAUGGAAUGAAACUUUCAAGCUUAUUGUGAAGGAUCCUCGAACCCAAGUUCUUCAGCUACAUUUGUUUGACUGGGAAAAGGUUUAG